AUGGUAAAAAUAAUUCAUGUUAAUAAAAUUCAACUGAAUAAUCAAUCAAUAGAACAAAUUAAUCAACAUCAAUUAAUGAAUAAUAGAUUUAUUCUAUCUGACAAUGUAAAACGUCCUUCUAUCAUUAUUCAACCAAUAUCAUAUCAAUGGAACAACAAUCAAGUAGUUCCCCAUGAUCAACAGACUCGAAUUAGUCUAAAUAAAAGGAAUUUAUUUGAUUAUUCGAACAAUAAUCUAUUCGAGAAUAGAUAUAAAAAUAAAGAAGAAAAUCAUCGACGAAAAAGUAUUGCAUUCCCAUGGUUAAAAUUAUGGUGUUGUUGUUUGAUAUGUGCAGCUUUAAUACUUAUUGGAUUAAUUGUCACUAUUGCUAUUCUUAUUUCUCUACAUAAUUCCAAAAUGACAACGUCUAUGACUUCUACUUAUACUACAACAUUAACUACAAGUACAACUACAAUAAUAUCUCCAUCAAAUUGGCUAAUAAAUGGUGAUGGAGAAAGUGGAUCAUGUUCAACAAAUAAUAGUGUUGUACAUCCAACAGGUUGGAAUUUUAAUGGAUCAAUAACACAAGUAUAUUAUAAUAAUAGUGAAGCUAAUAUAUUAUCGACAGAUCCUGGACCAAAUAAUCGUGGACGAUGUUUUUUCUAUGGUGGACCAUCACCAUUCGAUAGUUCAAUGUGGCAAUAUGUAAAUAUGAGUAAUUUAAUAAAUCCUAUUUUGAUUGAUAAUCAAACGAUCUAUUUCAAUUUCUCUGCAUGGAUUGGUGGAUAUCAAGGGCAAACUGAUAAUGCACAAGUUUCAUUAACAUUUUUAAAUCAAAUAAAUCAACAAGUAGGUAGUAGUUUUACUCUUGGUCCAAUAACAAAUACACAACGAUCAAAUCAAACAUCAUUACUUUUUCAAUCAUCUAAUGGAGUUGUACCUGUUGGAGCUCGAUCUUUCUUAGUAAUGGUUAAAAUAAAUUUUUUUCAAGGAUAUGAUAAUGAUGGAAAUAUUGAUAAUAUUGAUCUUUAUUUACAUCAAUAA